GGAGUAGGGAGUAAUCACGUCUCACUGCGCGGACCGUACGAGAUCAGCGUGGACGCGACACGAGUCAAUCGAGGACGAUAGACGUCGGAGCGCGCGGGUGUCUCAGGGCGAGCGAUGGAACCAUGGCAGGUGCUGCAGGAGCGCUUCCACGGUAAUAGCGCACCCAAAAGCAUAAACCUGAAGGACCUCAUCGAGCAGCUAUAUGAGGCCUUCGCCAGUAAUGACGUCGACAUAGACCACGUGCAGGACCUUAUGGCCACUUAUAGGAGCAACCCCCAGGAGUGGAGAAAAUUCGCCAAAUUCGACCGAUAUAGGUACACACGUAAUCUAGUAGACGAAGGCAACGGCAAGUUCAACCUGAUCGUGUUGUGCUGGGGCGAAGGCCAUGGCUCGGCAAUUCACGACCACGCCGACGCUCACUGUAUCAUGAAGAUCCUUCAGGGCGAACUGUGCGAGACCAAAUAUAAAUGGCCAAAGAAGUAUUUGGAUAAUCAAGGAAAUGAAUUCCAAGGAGAAUUGGAAGAAAUAAAUAGGUGUAUUUAUAAAAAUAAUGAUGUUACGUAUAUAAAUGAUUCAAUUGGAUUACAUCGAGUAGAAAAUUUGAGUACCGUUAAUCCAGCGGUUUCUUUACAUUUAUAUUCACCACCAUUUUCUACGUGUUCAGUGUUUAACAAACAAACUGGUCAAAAAUCGACUAGCAAAGUUACCUUCUGGUCUAAAUUUGGAGAACGUCGAAAUAGGGAAAUACAAAACGCUAGAACUCCGGAGGAUAAUUAAGUAUCAAAAAUUUAAAUAUCAGUUUUCGACUGUUCAGAUGGCGCUAUUAUUUAAAAAAAUAUAUUUUA